AUGUUGACUCGGCUUGUGCGGCCUCUAACGCGGGCUCGGUCCGGCGUGUCUGUACCCAGCGGGCGGAGAUGCAUAGGUUCGGUCAGUGCCAUCGACUCGAGCAUCUUUCGGACGUUAUUCGGGACAGACGAGAUUCGCAAGGUCUUCGAUGACGAAGCAUACAUCCGGCGCUGCGUCGACGCAGAAGCCGCCCUGGCACGGGCCCAGUCUCGAUGCGACGUGAUCCCGUCAGAGAUCGGGGCCAUGGUGACCCGCAAAGUGCAAGAAUCCAGCCUGGACCUCGACCGGCUGCGCCACGAGACCGAAAUCGUCGGGUACCCGAUCCUGCCGCUGGUGCGCCAGCUGUCGGCGAUCUGCGGCGACGAAGCAGGCAAGUAUGUACACUGGGGCGCGACGACCCAGGAUAUCAUGGACCUGGCGAGCGUUCUCCAGAUGAAAGAGGGGCUGGCUAUUGUUGAACGGCUUCUGAAGGAUGUCAUUCGAACGCUGCGUGAGCUGUCGGAUAAAUACAAGGAUACGCCCAUGGCUGGGCGCACGCAUCUGCAGCAUGCGCUGCCUGUGACCUUUGGGUACAAGUGUGCCGUCUGGCUCUCUGGGUUCCAGCGGCAUCUGGCGAGGCUGGAGCAACUGCGAGACCGGACUCUCCUGGUGCAAUUCGGUGGCGCGGCUGGCUCGCUUGCGUCGCUGGGGUCUGGCGAUGACGGGUUGCGCGUGCGAAAGGCACUGGCAACGGAAUUGGGGCUGGCGGACCCCCCGAUAACGUGGCACGUGGCCCGCGAUGGCGUGGCAGAGAUAGUGAAUUUCCUCGCGCUGAUGGGCGGCUCGAUGGGCAAGCUGGCCCUAGACAUCAUUGUCAUGUCGUCCAACGAGCUGAGCGAGGUCGCCGAGCCCUUCGUGCCUCACCGGGGUGCUUCGUCAACAAUGCCGCAGAAACGCAACCCAAUCUCCAGUGAGGUGAUCCUGGCCGCGUCCAAGAUCCUGCGCUCGAACGCGGGGCUGGUCCUCGAUGGCAUGGUGGCGGACUUUGAACGCGCCUCGGGACCGUGGCAUUUGGAGUGGGUGGCUGUCCCCGAGAGCUUCUUGAUUGCCGUUGGGGCAUUGUCACAGACACACUUUGCGCUAUCAGGUCUCUCGGUGAACAGCAAGCAGAUGCUGGAGAACCUUCACUCUACCAAAGGAUUGAUUGUGGCUGAGGCUGUCAUGAUGGGGAUGGCGCCGCAUGUCGGCCGCCAACGAGCUCAUGAUAUUGUCUACGAGGCUUGUCGAGAAAGCAUUGAGAAAGAGCGGAGUCUUCUGGAGUGUCUCCUAGAGAAGAACGAGGUCAUUGCGAAGAUGAGCCAUGAACGACUAAGCGAGCUUUGCGACCCGGUGAACUACUUGGGUGCGUCGACGAGAAUGGUGGACGACGUGCUAGCUGUGGAUUAG